AUGCAGGACUUGCCUAUCAAAGCUCUGGAAAACUUGAAGAAAUUGAGAGUGUUAAGAAUAAUCGGAUGUCGAGUUCCGAAAUUGAAGAGUGAUACAUUUUCUGGAUUAACCCACAUAGUAGAGUUACAUCUUAUAUCUUGUCGUAUUGGUCAUAUCGAACCAGGAGGGAUCGCUUUAUUACGUAAUCUUCAGAUACUUAACAUGGCAGGCAACCAACUUCGAUACCAACAUCUAAGAGAAGUAGCUAAACUCGUUGAAUUAAGAAAACUUAUUUUAUCUCAAAAUCAAAUUCAGGUCCUGGGAAGUAACGUAUUCGACAAACUUCUUCAUUUGCGUCAUAUUGAUAUACAAGGAAAUCAAAUACAGAGUAUCGACAAAAACGCUUUUCAAAAUCUCGAA